AUGGGGGGGCGGAGCCUGGAGCUGAACCUGAACGGACGCACUAACAGAGAGCUCAGAAUAAUCGACGACAACCCGCUUCAAUCUGAGGUACCAGGGUACCAUCCGACGACCCAAACACCCACCCGAGUACCCCUGGAGCCCAAGGCACAGGCGAAUGCCGUUCCAGUUCCCGCAAACGGGUAAAAAGACCCGGCGAAAAUCUGGGGCCUACCUGACACUCCAAACCGCAAGGAGGCCGCAGCAAUCGACGCUCGACACGGCACCUACCUCUUAAAGGACCCCGCGGAACUGGACGGCUACACAAUGGGUCGCAGGUCCCAAAAGCCUCCAUCAACCGCCGGCAGAGGCACCCAAGAUAUCGGCGACAUGCUGCAGAGGCCAAUGGCGCCCAAGAUGGCGACCCCGGCGGAGCGCACGCCAGCCUCUCCAGACGAGGGGGAACAGCAUGGGGCUGGAUUAGAAAUAUCCACCGCUCCCCAAGCCACAGAGUCACUUGCCGGCCAAGACACACAAACCCUGGCUACCAAACAAGAUAUUGCCGACCUCCUGAUGGAAAUGAGGAGAAUGCAUGCAGCAGAUAUCAACCUAAUAAAGACUGAAAUGCAAGCGAUGACCGCACGCACACGGGCCACAGAGGAGGACAUCCUAGAUCUCCAAAGAGAGAUGAGAGAGAUAAAAGACACUUGUUACCAUAUGCAGGCCGCACAGUCCACCCUAAUCACAAGACUGGACCAAACAGAAGACCGCAACAGACGUGCUAACCUAAAAUUAAGGGGGAUCCCAGACACCAUAGACUCAUCAGAACUACCCCACUACCUCAGACGUCUCAUAGCGACGCUUCUGCCACCUGCUCAGGCAAAAAACUUGUAUUGGACGGCUGUUUUAGAAUCAGAAAAGCCAGACAAGCACCAACGGACGCCCCUCAAGAUGUCAUUAUCCGAUGUCACUCCGUGA